CACAAGGGCCUAUUGGAGCCUCUAAGAGCUGAAGGUGUCACAGCUCAGGUGCCCAGGGACAUAGGAACAAGGCAGUAACAGAUCUGAGGAGACUUUGAAAUGAAUGAAGAGGGCGGCGGAAAAAGUUUUUCUGGAGAACAACCUCGCCAGAGAAUAGUUCAUGACAUGGAGCAGCAAGUAUGGGUCCUUCAGGGGAAGAUCCUUAUAGGAACUCCCCUGAAUGAAAAUGUGAUCCCAGAAAAAAUCCUUACCAUAUCAUGCAGAGAUGACGCCUACGUUAAUAAAGACAAAGGCAAUGCUAUUUACAUGGGAGUGAAAUCUAAUGGCCUCGCUCUGUCCUGUGUUGACAGUGGAGGGCAGGCCACCUUAAAGCUGGAGAAAAAGAACAUAACAGACCUGUAUAAUUUGAAGAAGGCAGAGAAACCUUUUGUCUUUUACCUGAAAGAAACUGGCAGCACCGCUACCUUUGAGUCAGCUGCCUAUCCUGACUGUUUCAUCUGCAGUUCACUGGGAGGGCCUAUCACACUGACCAAGGGCUCUGGGAAAGAAAAAAACACACACUUCCACCUAGAGGACACCCACUAGCCUGAUUUAGGGGUCCUCGUUGAGCUGUUCUCCCCUGAAUCUGAAAGCCAUUCCAAGAGUGGUGACUCCUGGGCCAUCUCUGAUUCAUGUUUAUUUUCCCCUGUAAUGCCUAGGAACAGUAUUUAUGCUAGUUCCCUCAUUAUAUCUAGCAUUAUCUCCUCCCACCAGGGAAGGAUCUGUGCCAGUGGAAUCCCUAGAUAUAGCUGGGGGGGGGGGGGAGACAAUAGGGUUUCUUCUCUAUUGGUACCAACUGUCACUUUCCUUGCUCAGUGACAUGUCAGUGCUUAUGGAGUUACAGAUUUAGAUUUGGAAUGGACUUUAGAAGUGAUUCAAUCUUCACUGUGGCUUAUUUUCAAGUGCUACCAAAGUCAGAUUAAAAUGUAAUUGGGAAAUGUGGAACAAAAUCAAUAAAAGUACAAUACAAUAUUAGUUGUUGUUCAUUCA